AUGUUCUCCAAGAAACCCUCCAAAGGGCCUCGGCGGCCCAGCAACCCCACAUGGGAUAAUCCACCCACAUCGUCGGGCUCUGCACACGAGAAUUACCUGAAGAACCUACCAGCGUUGCCCAAUGAUUCCGACACAUCUCUGCGGCUGGGGUCGAGGCAUGAUUUGACCAUGAGACACUCGGACGUCUCACCCGUGGGCUCGCCAGACCUAGGAAAUGACAGACGAGAAAGUCAAAGUAGCUUCUGUGUAUCUCCCAUUGGAGAUGGGGACCAAGCGCCUCAUUACCCGCGAGGGGAAUCUCGAGCUUCCAUGACUCCGAGUCCUGUCUAUAGGGAAAACCAUGCUGGCAAUCACCCACAGCCUCAAGGCCAAUCCUUCCAGGACCACAGACGCUUUAUUUCGGGCAAACCGACGCGUUGGGAUGAUUUCUCAGGCGAUCCGACCACCAAUGAGUUUGGGCGAAUCGACCAAGUGAGCCCCCGCAAUGUGCCGCUUCACAAGCCAACCCCCUCGCAUACGUCAAAUCUGUUCAAGCAACUCAACCCCAAGAAAAAGAUAUUUGCUGCCCGAAACCGGAUCAGCAGUAGUAUCAGCAUUUCCAAGACUGAAGAUCUUCCGAAGGAGGCGUCUACUAGCAGUCGAUCCUCGUCACGUGGAUUCCCAGUCGAACAACAUUCCACCAAACGCAAAGGCAGUGGUAUCCCGGACACAAGUCCUCAAAUUGGAAAUCUUGCUUUUGUCCCCACCACCGUGACCACAAUCAGCUCCGGAGGUCCGAAGACCUCACUCCGAUCAAGAGCGAUUCAAGAAGGCGCGCCUACUCUACCACGGGGAGAUACGCCGGAUUUCCAAUUCGACGAGGAGGUUGCUAGCAUGAUGCUUCCUUCAGAUCCGGCCGAAGAGCCUAUGAGCCGAUUUAGCGCAACAACAUAUGCAACCACGGAACCGAACAGCCUCAACCCGAGCCCGCGAGAAAGUUUCCAAUUCGAUAAUCGAUCCACGGAUGAUUUGUCCGCGAGUUCAAUCAUGGAUCGUCGGCGUCCCGUUGCCCCUGUUGGCUUGCCAACCUCGAAGAAGCCAGUCGCCAACAAGCUGGAUGUCAACAAACCUGUUCGCAAGCCUACCCCGUCCCAGGUUGCAGAGCAAGUUAAGCAGUUGGCUGUACAGCCACCUCCAGCAGCGGCGGAGGAGCCUAAAGAUGCACAGGGUCGCAUUGAAGCUAUGGAGACCAAGCGAAAUGAACUUUCUCAGCGACGGUUCAAUUUGGAGACGGUCAUUGCGGAGUUGAUGAAAGUGUUUCAACCUAAUUCCCUUGUUGUGUUUGACUCGGCUGCCAAGGCUGAGGUACAGAGAAGUGUGAAGAGCAUGGAGAGUGAGAUUGCCGAUAUCAAGAAGGAAGAACAUGAUCUCGGAAUGAAGAUUACGCGAGCGUGGCGACGCUUGGAUGAGAGGGAAAAUGCAGGUGAUGGAAAUAAUCUUUGGGUCAAGCGUGUCACUAGUUAA